AGAACAAGUUUCAUUCAGAGACGCGAUUUGUCCACACACAUGAGAAUCCACACAGGGGAGAAACCAUUUACUUGUUCUGUCUGUGGUAGAGGAUUUUCACAAAAGACACACCAGAUACAACACAUGAGAAGCCACACAGGAGAGAAACCAUUUAGUUGUUCCGUUUGUGGUAAAACAUUUGCACGAAAGGGAACUCUUAGAGAACACUUGACUGUCCACACAGGGGAGAAACCAUGUAGUUGUUCUAUCUGUGGUAAAACAUUUGCACGAAAGGGAACUCUUAGAGAACACUUGACUGCCCACACAGGAGAGAAACCAUGUAGUUGUUCUGUCUGUGGUAAAACAUUUCAUGUGAAAGGAACUCUUAGAGAACACUUGAAUGUCCACACAGGAGAGAAACCUUGUAGUUGCUCUGUCUGUGGUAAAACAUUUGUGCGAAAGGGAACUCUUAGAGAACACUUGCCUGUCCACACAGGAGAGAAACCAUUUUGUUGUUCUGUCUGUGGUAAAACAUUUGCACGAAAGGGAUCUCUGAGAGAACACAUGCGAAGCCACAAAUUGGAGAAACCCUUCAGUUGUUCUGUCUGUGGUAUAAAUAUCGCACGAAUGUCAGAUUUGACUUCACACUUAAGAGUUCAUACAGGAGAAAAAUCUUUCACAUGCUCAGUUUGUAAAGCAACUUUCAGUGACAAAAGCAAUUUGUCGAGACACAUGAGAAUGCAUACUGAGAGAAACCAUUUAGUUGUUCAGUUUGUGGUAAAACAUUUGCACUAAAGGGAACUCUGAGACGACACAUGACUGUCCACACAGGGGAGAAACCAUUUAGUUGCAGCAUUUGUGAUAAAAAUUCACUCAGCUCCGUUAUUUGAAAACACACAAGUGUGCUGGUGAGAGCAGCGGAAGUAAAUUAAGCUGCAGAGAUGCUUGUUGAGCCGAUUCCUUUCAGCAGGAUAUAAGUACUGAGGGCAAGACUUGGCUCAACACUGAUAAGUUCAAAAGUGUGUUACAGAUUCCAAAAUAAGUCAGUGCUUCAUCUUGUAUUCUAUUGAAAAUAUUAUAUAAUAUUUGAAAGAAUACAUUAAUACGUUACCUGUUUCUAGUAGGUUAUUUCUUCUCUUACUAUUUUAAUUCUACAUAAUCCUCCACCUUAUUUUAGUAUUUACUCACAAACUACUGUCCUCUGCUCCCCUUGCUUUUCCAUCAGUUUUUUUUCCCCACACACACGCUAGGGCUGGGAGAUAUAUUGCAUAUAUUCAA